UCACGUGGGCGGUCUGCCCGCUGGGAGCCGCCAUUUUCCGGAGCGCCCUCAGCGCGCUCUUAAAGGGGCCGCGCCCCACGCUGAGGGGCGGCGGGUUCGGGUUUUAAUCCCGGUCCUUGAUCCCGGUCCCCGAUUUAGAACGAACCGGUGGCUGCGGCUUCUCCGGUCACCACAGCCGUAGGCAGAGCGUAUCGGGGCGGGACCGAGAGCUGUGUGGGCCGAGGCCUCCCUCCAGGGCCGCCCUGUCACCAUCGGGUAUCCUCGGCGUGUUAUUAAUUCUCUGUAAUCAUGAAUAUAUUCCAUUUUUCCACAGUGCAGUGCCGCGGUUGAAUCACUGGACAGAAAGCAGGAAGUGAAGGAGGAUUCCUGGACUUCCCCAGCAGCAGGAGGGGAGGGAUUCCCCUGGAGCUCUCAGCCAUGGCAGCUGAGGACAGGGAUUACAACCUGACCGAGGAGCAGAAGGCUGUGAAAGCCAAGUACCCCCCUCUCUGCAAGAAAUAUGAAUAUUUGGAUCACACAGCAGAUGUGCAGCUCCAUGCCUGGGGAGACACUUUGGAAGAAGCCUUUGAGCAGUGUGCCAUGGCCAUGUUUGGCUACAUGACAGACACAGGCACUGUGGAACCUGUGGAUACAGUGGAGGUACAGGCAGAAGGGCAUGACCUGUUGUCUCUUCUCUUCCACUUCCUGGAUGAAUGGCUGUAUAAAUUCAGUGCUGAUGAGUUUUUUAUACCCAGGGAAGUGAAAGUGCUUCACAUUGACAGAAUGCAGUUCAAAAUAAGAUCAAUUGGGUGGGGAGAAGAGUUCUCUUUAGACAAACACCCACAGGGCACAGAGGUCAAAGCCAUAACUUACUCAGCAAUGCAGAUCUGUGAAGAUGAAAAGCCAGAAGUCUUUGUCAUCAUUGAUAUUUAAAGCAAGAAGAGUGUGGUGUGUGGAUUUUGGUCAUCAUCUGGCAGAAGCCCCCUAAAACUGUAAUCCCUGUGGGAAAAAAACUAAGAAUUGGCCAGUUAAAAUCAGAAAUGUAAGGGACUAAUUGCAGAGAGUGUCAGACUGUUUUCACUGAGAGAAUAAGAAGAAUUAAUUGAGCUUUGGGGGAUAUGGGGAAGGAGAGGUUUGUACAGGUUAGAAGUCUCCAAGGAAUGCUGGCAGUCAGCUUUUAAGGCUAAUCCAUGAAAUACAGAAAUUGGUGGAGCUGAUAACUAAAAUACUCCCUUUUUGCAGCUUGGCAGGAGAUGAUGUUCAUCUAGAUUGAUUCCAUUUGCAUAUUUCAUGUUCUAAUUCAGAGCUGAUGUUCCUCCUCCAUAUUACAUAAAUCCAAAAUAGCUGCAGUGGCUCAGAUGUAAUGUGGGCAAAAAUAGGAGUGUUUAAAAUUAGACACCUAAAAAAAUGAUGCCAAUUAAACAAGCAAACCACCACAUCUUUUAAACUACUUUAAAAAAAGAAGUCAUGCCAGCAGGUGGUGCUGAAUUGCUGUAAAUAAAUUGCCACAUGAAAUCCUAAAGCAUGUGACUGUACCUGGAAUCCUCUUAUCACCUCUAAAAAGUUGGCAGCUGUGGGAGAAGGGAAUGGAAAUGGAUGUCCCAGGUUCCCCCUGGGUUCACUCCCACCUGUAUCUUGUGAAAACUGACUUUUUAAAAAAGCAUAGUUUGGAUCAGCCUAAUUGUCUUUAAAAGAACAGUACAGACAAUCUAUAAACAUCAAAGGAUUAUGGAUUUGACUGAAUCAAAAUUAAUCAAAAAUAAUCAAAAGUAUGGGGUGGGUUGUUUUUUUUUUAAAUCACUGGAUGGCAAAUGUGCAUUACUUGCUGUUUUAAUUUAAUUUAAAUAUGAGGAGCAUAGGCCUGGCCUGCUCUUUUGCCAUAAACACUCCAAGUGCCUCACUGUGGUGUUUUACCUUAUAAAGUCAUCUUAAAUAGUUCUGGUUUUAUUUCCAUGCUGUAAAGACAAAGGGAUAAAAACCCUCUUAUUUUUUAAUAAAACCUCAAUGCUGAAACAUGCAAAAAUAAA